AUGGUUAAAGAAGGGAGAAAUAUGGUUAAAGAAAAUAUGGUUAAAGAAGGGCGAAAUAUGGUUAAAGAAGGGCGAAAUAUGGUUAAAGAAGGGAGAAAUAUGGUUAAAGAAGGGAGAAAUAUGGUUAAAGAAGGGAGAAAUAUGGUUAAAGAAGAAAGAAAUAUGGUUAAAGAAGGGCGAAAUAUGGUUAAAGAAGGGAGAAAUAUGGUUAAAGAAGGGAGAAAUAUGGUUAAAGAAGGGAGAAAUAUGGCUAAAGAAGAGAGAAAUAUGGUUAAAGAAGGGAGAAAUAUGGUUAAAGAAGGGAGAAAUAUGGCUAAAGAAGAGAGAAAUAUGGUUAAAGAAGGGAGAAAGAUGGUUAAAUGGAGGAAGGAAGGAUUGGUUUGGAUUUUAGAGAGGACGAAUGGGGAAGAUAGAAAAUAUAAUAAACCAGAAUCAAAAGCAAUAGAUCACAAUAGAUACAAUAAGAAACAGGAGGUUCAGAACGUCCCUGAUGAGCCAGAGCUCAAGAGCUGGCGCCCAACACCUGCAAGUAAUAAGAAACAGGAGGUUCAGAACGUCCCUGAUGAGCCAGAGCUCAAGAGCUGGCGCCCAACACCUGCAAGUAAUAAGAAACAGGAGGUUCAGAACGUCCCUGAUGAGCCAGAGCUCAAGAGCUGGCGCCCAACACCUGCAAGUAAUAAGAAACAGGAGGUUCAGAACGUCCCUGAUGAGCCAGAGCUCAAGAGCUGGCGCCCAACACCUGCAAGUAAUAAGAAACAGGAGGUUCAGAACGUCCCUGAUGAGCCAGAGCUCAAGAGCUGGCGCCCAACACCUGCAAGUAAUAAGAAACAGGAGGUUCAGAACGUCCCUGAUGAGCCAGAGCUCAAGAGCUGGCGCCCAACACCUGCAAGUAAUAAGAAACAGGAGGUUCAGAACGUCCCUGAUGAGCCAGAGCUCAAGAGCUGGCGCCCAACACCUGCAAGUAAUAAGAAACAGGAGGUUCAGAACGUCCCUGAUGAGCCAGAGCUCAAGAGCUGGCGCCCAACACCUGCAAGUAAUAAGAAACAGGAGGUUCAGAACGUCCCUGAUGAGCCAGAGCACAAGAGCUGGCGCCCAACACCUGCAAGUAAUAAGAAACAGGAGGUUCAGAACGUCCCUGAUGAGCCAGAGCUCAAGAGCUGGCGCCCAACACCUGCAAGCAAUAAGAAACAGGAGGUUCAGAACGUCCCUGAUGAGCCAGAGCACAAGAGCUGGCGCCCAACACCUGCAA